GUGUGGGGGCAAUUAAUUUUUGUCAUCCCUAGGAGUGAGAGUUGGACCUUGAAGAAACCAAAAGCUGCUUCCAAGAAACCAAAGCGUGUGUUCCGAGCUCCAGACCUGCUGCAAGAUUUUAAAGAGCUGACAGAUGUCCAGAGCUAUUGGGUGGACGUGAUGCUGAAUCCAGUCAACGCUAUUUCGAAUGUUGUCAUUUCUGCAGACCAGAGACAAGUGAUGGUUGUGCACGCUUGCACAUUUAAGAAUUCAAAUCCACAUGAUUUUUCUGCUUUUGGUGUCUUUGGCUGCCAAUAUUUCUCCUCAGGGAAAUAUUACUGGGAAGUAGAUGUGUCUGGGAAGAUUGCCUGGAUGCUGGGGGUACACAGUAAGAUAAGUAGCCCCAACAAAAGAGCAAGCUGUGGGUUUGUUUAUGAUCCAGAUGCAAAUCAUCAAAAUGUUUACUCCAGAUACAGACCUCAAUACGGCUACUGGGUAAUAGGGUUACGAAAUAAAGUUGAGUAUAAUGCCUUUGAGGAUUGUUCCCCCUCUGAUGCCAGGUUUCUGACUCUCUCCAUGGCUGUGCCCCCUCAUCGUGUUGGGGUUUUCCUAGACUGUGAAGCAGGCACUGUUUCAUUUUUCAAUGUCACGGACCAUGGGUCACUCAUCUACAAGUUCUCUGAUUGUUGCUUUUCUCAUCCUGCUUAUCCAUAUUUCAAUCCUUGGAACUGUCCAGCCCCCAUGACUCUGUGCCCACCAAGCUCCUGA